CAUUGCUGUGUUUUUAGCGGAAAUGAGGUCAACAUUUUUUAGCGCUUGCGCAGUAAAUUAAACAAAAUGGCGGACGCUGGAGAGCUCAAGCAAAUGGUUAUGAGCUUCAGGGUGUCUGAACUACAAGUUUUAUUAGGAUAUGCGGGUCGAAAUAAAACAGGAAGAAAAACAGAGCUUAUGCAAAGAGCUUUACAACUUGUACAGAAAGGUGCCUCAGUACCUAUACAGAUAAAGAUCAGAGAAUUAUACAAUCAAAUUUUUUCAUCUAACAGGAGGAAGCCACCAGGGAAGUCUGAUGAAGGUCCUAUGUUUAGUAGCAGCAGUUAUACAACUUAUACACCUAACUGGUUUGGUGGUUUGGAUUACUCUUCAGGAGCCAGUCUUGUUUCACCAGCACAAUCUUCCAUGUUCCCAGUCCAUCCAGAUGUUAGACUGAAACAUCUGCCAUUUUAUGAUGUAGUAGCAGAGCUUAUGAAACCUACAAGUCUUGCUCCUAGAGGAACAUCGAAAUUUCAGGAAACACAUUUUAAUUUUCAUCUGACUCCACAGCAAGCUCAGGAUAUAGCUAUGUCGAGGGAUUUCAGACCAGGUGCUAGAUGUGAAUAUAUGACACAGAUACAGUUACGGUUUUGUUUAUUAGAAACAAGCUGUGAACAAGAUGAUAAUUUUCCUCCCAGUAUAUGUGUCAGGGUUAAUGGUAAACUAGCCCCAUUGCCAAAUCCUAUUCCAACAACAAAGCCAGGAGUAGAACCUAAACGUCCAGGGCGUCCAGUAGAUAUCACAUCAUUCUGUCGUCUUUCACCCACAAUGCCUAAUCAGAUAGAUGUGUCAUGGGCCACUGACUUUGGUCGGGGUUACUGUGUGGCUAUAUACUUAGUAAAGAAACUAUCAUCAGAUAUAUUAAUGAUGAGAUUAAAACAGUUUGGAAAUAGACAUCCUGAUCAUACGAGAGCUUUAAUCAAAGAAAAAUUACAAAGUGAUCCAGAUAGUGAAAUAGAUACAACUAGUCUUAGAGUGUCCUUAAUGUGUCCGCUUGGUAAAAGUCGGAUGAGUAUUCCAAUACGAGCUAGUUCUUGUACACAUUUACAGUGCUGUGAUGCCAUGCUAUAUCUUAUGAUGAAUGAGAAGAAACCAACAUGGAUGUGUCCUGUUUGUGAUAGACCUGCUCCAUUCCAUAAAUUAGUCAUUGAUGGGUUAUUUGUAGAAAUUUUGAAACAAGCACCUGAUGUUGAUGAGAUUCAGUUUAAUCAAGAUGGUAAUUGGUGUAGACUUAACCAGAAGAAAGAAACACAUGUGAUAUCUAGUCCUGUCAUAAAAAAUACACGACCUGCAGCUUCAGAACCAAGUGGUGCCUCCCCUGAAAAGAAGCCUAAAAUGGACGUGAUUGAUCUGACCUGUAGCAGUGAUGAGGAGGAUGAGGAAGAACCCAGAACACCACAGCCAGCUCCUUCAAAUACAAGUUCUAGUAGUCCUCGGGUAAUCAGCCUUGAUUCUCCAACUCCCGUGCAUUCUAUGAUCUCAUCUGAUUCACCCAUGUUGUCGUCACCUGGGUCAAAUAUCGGAUCACCGUCAUCUGUGUCAAGUUCUGGAUUGGGAUCACCUAUGUCAAGCAAGGGACUAUCUCCAGCAAAGUCUCCGUACAGACCUUCAUCUGUGGCCCACUCACUUUCUCCUGUGUCAUCAGAUGGAACUAUCCCUAAUCCUCCAUCACCAUCCAUACCUAUAGUACCACCACCACCAUUAACAUCACAGAGACCACUUAGUUUCCCUACAGACUUUCCUUCACAGACUAAUGCACCUUUACAAUCACCACUGGGAUCCAGGAUAUCUCCGAUCACACCUCCAACCUUUCCUGUUUCUAUGUAUCCCCCUUACUCACUUCCGGCACCCAUGCCUCAUCAGCCUCCACCUUACAACCAUUCGUCAAGUAUGAACAAUUAUGCUCCAGAGUUAGACAGAGAAAUUGAAGACUUUAUUCGUGGAAUUGUGUGGGAUAAUUCUAGUUAUCGGUAAAAAAAUGUUAUAAUGGACCACAACAAUUGGUGUCACAUCAACUUGUAAGUGUUGAACAAUGGUGGGCUUUCCAUUCCAAAAAGUAUUGUGUAGGUAUUGAAUGACAAACUAACGAGAAACUUAAACUGAGAAAUAAUUUUAAAAAUGUUUUACCUUUGAUAAUUGAUUUUCAUUUCUGUUGGGAACAGAGUUUUAAAUCAAAUGUGAAAUGGUCAAUUUACAACAAACUAGUGCUGUUUAAAAACAUUUUUCAUUUGUAUUAAAGGCUGUACAUAGUUAAACACUUUAAAUUAUUUUUUGUAAAUUUUGUUAUGUAUUUUGUUUAUGUAAUAACAUUAGCAUCUGAAUAUUGAAAGUUUGAUUAACUACACAAUACUACAGUCACACUGGAUACACAUGUUUUACAUAAUAAAUUCAGGGAUAUAUCAUUAUU